AGUAACUUUGCCAUCUUAAUGGGUCUCGGCAGUGUAGAAAGUAGUGGAGCGCCGGGAAUCGCGAGCGCGAGCGCGAGUUCGAGUGCAAACGCUGCAGAUAUCUCCUCAUCCGAUCAUUUGCCGCUUCAAUUGACCACUGCCAAAGUGGAUUUGGAUAUUGAAAUCGAUAUACAACUGCUAACGAAUGGCUACGAUGGCACAACGUUAACAUCAUAUUUUAAUGACACAUCGUGGAUAAAUCCAUCUGAAGCCGAUACGAUAGUGGGUGAGGAACCUGAUGCGGUGUCUCUUGUGUCAAUUUUAGUUGUUGGCAUUUUCCUCUCAGUGCUGAUAUUUCUAUCGGUUGCCGGUAACAUACUCGUCUGCCUCGCCAUCUAUACGGAACGCAGUUUGCGGCGUAUUGGGAAUUUAUUUCUGGCGUCAUUAGCGAUAGCGGAUUUAUUCGUCGCAUCCCUGGUGAUGACAUUCGCCGGCGUCAAUGAUCUGCUGGGUUAUUGGAUUUUCGGCGCGCAAUUUUGUGAUACUUGGGUCGCUUUUGAUGUGAUGUGCUCAACGGCGUCCAUUUUAAAUCUAUGCGCCAUCUCGAUGGACCGUUAUAUACACAUAAAAGAUCCACUCAGAUAUGGUCGUUGGGUGACACGACGUGUUGCCGUCAUUACAAUUGCUGCCAUUUGGUUGUUGGCCGCAUUUGUCUCGUUUGUGCCAAUCUCAUUGGGUCUGCAUCGACCGGAGCAACCGUUAAUCGUUGAGGAUAAUGGCAAACGGUAUCCCACAUGUGCGCUGGACUUGACGCCAACCUAUGCGGUCGUGUCGAGUUGUAUCAGUUUCUAUUUUCCAUGUUUGGUCAUGAUUGGCAUCUACUGUAGACUCUACUGCUACGCCCAGAAGCAUGUGAAGUCCAUCAAAGCGGUGACGCGACCUGGCGAAGUGGCCGAAAAGCAACGCUACAAGAGUAUACGACGCAACAAAAAUCAGCCGAAGAAGUUCAAAGUGCGCAAUCUGCAUCACAGUUCACCCUACCACGUGUCCGAUCACAAAGCAGCCGUUACAGUUGGCGUUAUCAUGGGUGUAUUCCUCAUCUGUUGGGUGCCAUUCUUUUGUGUCAAUAUUGUGGCCGCCUUCUGUAAGACCUGCAUCGGUGGUCAAACAUUCAAAAUACUCUCAUGGCUUGGUUAUUCCAAUUCCGCUUUCAAUCCCAUCAUCUAUUCCAUAUUCAAUAAGGAAUUUCGUGAUGCAUUCAAACGUAUACUCACCACACGCAAUCCGUGGUGCUGUCGACAAGAGGUGGGUAAUAUACAUCCGCGCAAUAGUGAUCGCUUUGUCACCGAUUAUGCGGCGAAAAAUGUUGUUAUGAUGAAUUCGGGUCGCUCCUCAGCCGAACUCGAACAAGUAUCUGCGAUUUGACCAAAACGCACCGCGUCGGCACUGGUCUGUUGUGUAUCCAGUUCGGAUG